AAUUCGGUCUCGCCCAGAUGAGAAGAACUACUCUUGUCUGUUGGGAAAUAACACAACUGCCUUGUAUCUCAGUGGUCCACUCCCUCAGAAGUGCUGCGCAGCUACAAAUCAAAGGAAAUCUGGAUAGCUCCACCUCAGUAGGCUACUACGACCUUGGACGCAUGUGCUAUUUCCCAGCUCUCGGAGAUCUCCAUCGCUUUGCCUGGCAGAGGUCUUUAGAAGGAUGUGAGCAGUGGCUGCCUAUUUACCUGGUGUCACCUGACUGCCAUGCAAGUCUUUCACCAGGCUGACUCCACAAAGUUAAAACUGAACUGUUGACCCUGUGAAGGAUGGAUGAGGAUCUAAAAAAAGUGGACACUCACAAUGGGAGCGUUCCAGAGGCUUUGAAAACUAAAAAGCACGAGCAGCCAAAAGCAGCAGUUCUGCGUCAAGAUGUGGGUCUUGUAAGUGGCAUCUGUCUGAUAGUGGGAACAAUGAUCGGCUCCGGGAUCUUCAUUUCUCCCAAACCGGUGCUGGAGGGAACUGGAGCUGUGGGUCCGUGUCUGUGUGUGUGGGCGGCGUGCGGAUUACUGGCUACACUGGGGGCCCUCUGCUAUGCCGAGCUUGGCACAAUGAUCGUGAAGUCUGGUGGUGAGUAUCCAUACCUGAUGGAGGGCUUUGGGCCAGUCCCGGCAUACCUAUAUUCCUGGACCACCGUCAUCGUGUUAAAGCCUUCGUCAUUUGCCAUCAUUGCCCUGAGUUGUGCCGAGUACGCCUCCACUCCAUUUUACCCAGGAUGCACUCCUCCUCAAGUGGUUACCAAAUGCCUGGCUGCAGCUUGUAUCUUAAUAAUUACACUCAUCAACUGUCUGAGUGUGAAGCUGGCCUCCAGAGUGCAGAACUUUUUCACAGCAGCCAAACUCUUGAUUAUUGUCGUUAUCGUGGUUUCAGGCAUCGUUCUGUUGGCUCAAGGCAACACACAGAAUCUUAGAGACCCAUUUGCAGGGGGAACAACAUCAUUUGGAGCAAUUGGCCUUGCAUUUUACAAUGGUCUCUGGGCUUAUGACGGAUGGAAUCAGCUUAACUUCAUAACAGAAGAGCUGAAAAAUCCAUACAAAAACCUUCCCCUGGCUAUUGUAAUUGGGAUUCCCCUGGUUACUGUGUGCUAUAUAUUUGUCAACAUAGCAUAUUUCACUGUCAUGACCCCUGUUGAACUUCUACAGUCUUCUGCUGUUGCUGUGACCUUUGGUGACAGAGUGCUCUACCCAUUAUCAUGGGUUGUGCCUCUGUUUGUGGUUUUUUCCACUUUUGGAGCAGCAAAUGGAGGCUGUUUCACUGCAGGAAGGUUGGCGUAUGUGGCAGGACGGGAGGGUCACAUGCUUAGGAUCUUGUCGUACAUCAGUGUGAAACGUUUCACGCCUUCUCCAGCUCUCAUGUUUAAUGGCAUGCUGUCAAUCAUCUACAUCAUUCCAGCAGACAUAAACACUCUCAUCAACUACUUCAGUUUUGCUCAGUGGGCUUUCUAUGGGCUCACAUGCCUUGUGCUCAUUGUUAUGCGAUUCACUAGAAAGGAGCUUCAUAGACCUGUCAAGGUCAGAGCACAUGCAUGCAUGGUGACACAACAUAAUGUGACUGAAUAAAAAAAUGUCAAAAAUGUGCAGAUGUUAUUAUCCAAAGCAACUUUAAAAUUAUGAACAUCCUAAGCUAUUUGUCAUAAGACCCAACAAUAAACACAAAGGUGACUUUCAAGAGUGAGCUGGAGUAGAAGCUAAAACAGAAGUGAAAAUCUGAGAAUCUUUUUCCAUAUGUUUAUCAUAGCAAGUGCCUUUGUUUGUGAAUUCAUUUGCAUAAGAGGUGUGACUUCUGGAUAUAAGGGGUACCACUGUCAUGU